AAGCUGACCAUUAUUUUUUUCAUGGCUUCCGCAGCGGCUCCACAGGUUCUGUUAUACAAUCCCAUCUUAGGAAAUAAUCGAGCAAGAGGAGUAAGGUUUUUGAGGGCAGGAACCACAAACACUCAUUACAGUAGUACUCUUGUGCAGCCUGUUCAAGCCUCGCAGGGUCGAGCACCUCCUCCUGGUGUUGACACAAGAAUCCAUUGGGACAACCAAGAUGAAGGUUGGAUUGGAGGUACUAACACUGAAAAACACCAACAAAACAGUGCAGAGCAGAAACCCAAGAACCUCUUGGGUGAAAAGUUUGCUGAUUUGCUCACCGCUUCUUCAGGUUCUCAUUACGAAUUCUUAGGAGUAUCAGCAGAUGCGGAUUUAGAAGAAAUUAAAGUAGCUUACCGGAGACUAUCGAAGGAGUACCAUCCAGACACAACUUCCCUCCCACUAAAAACUGCCUCAGAAAAAUUCAUGAAAUUAAGAGAGGUUUACAAUGUUCUUAGCAAAGAAGAAAGUCGAAGAUUUUAUGAUUGGACCCUUGCUCAAGAGGCUGCAAGCCGCCAAGCAGAGAAGAUGAAAAUGAGACUGGAGGAUCCUUAUGAGCAACAGGUCAAUAACUGGGAAUCUGUUCCAGACAUGGUUGACCGCCUUGGUGGAAAGAAUAUGGAGCUUAGCGAUCAAGCAGUUUCUGCAAUCACUAUUGAUGUUUUUAUCAUCAUUUUUUCUAUAUGUUGCAUCAUCUAUGUAAUAUUCUUUAAAGUACCAUAUUACUAGCUAGUUAAUCAAUUAGAAAAUCCGUAUAUGUUAUGCCAAUAGAAUUAAAUAUAAGAUUUUACAUCUCUACAGGUCAUGGAAAAAUGAUAACAUUGUACA